UUUUAUAAUAAGGGAACAUUACAAAUGAAAAUCCAACGGACGAUAACCCCCGAAAAGAAAUAUUAUGAAAAGAAAGUAGUUGUCCGACAUUGAAUGAAAUCAAACAGAGGAUCUAAAAGAUACAAGAUACAAAGAGAAGAGAUAGAGAGAGACUGGGAGAGAAUUGUUUACUCUGUUUAACACUCGUUACUUUACUCGUUUUGGUAAAGAUUAGAUUGAUCGAUUCGUGCUCUGUGCAAAAUCAUAAUUAUAUCGGAAAAACAAUUCAAAAAGUUUUCUGGGUAUUGUCUGUUUUUGUAAAUCAACAAGAUUUGGAUGAAGAGAGAAGGAGUGGAGGAGAUUACAAGAUGAUGAGAUGAAGAAGAAAUCGAAAUGGGGCAGUUAUCUGUAUGGAGAGGAGGGAAGAUAUUAGGAGGAGGAGGAUGUUUUUCAUCAUCAUAUAAGAAAACUACAAUUAUUAUUUGUUCAAUUAACUUGGUUGCUGCUCUGUAUAUUAUCCAUUCUCUUUAUUACAUCUACACUUCCAGUAGCAACAACAAUGGCGACAAUGCUUUAUCCCCCUACUUCACUGGUAAGUAUACAGAAGAUCAGAUUAAGAGAAUGGAAGAAUCAAUUCGGAUAAGAGAAGCAGCUCAACCAUUAGACCUUAUUAAACUGGUGAAGGGAAUCAAGAAGGAAUUAUCUAGAGGGAAAAGGGGAGUUAAAUUAUCAAAGCCUGUGAAACAAAAAAUAGCUGAUGAGCUUCUCCAAAGGUUGAAAGGAUUGAAUAAAACUGCGUCUUUAAGCGAACAAAGAGAAGCACUUGAGAUAUGGCGUAAGGAAAAACUAGAAGAAACCAAUAAGUUCCAACUUGGAAAAGAAAACUCAAGUUCACCAUCUUCAGCAAAAGAUGCCAGUCACUUUUCUGUAGCUAAGCUGAAAAAAGCCUUGGAGUCUGAUUGGAACAUGCUCUUGGAGGAUCUUGGUGUUUGGUUUCCAGCUGAAAUCAUCCACAAAGAACACGAUGACAGACCUGAAGAAGAACCUGACAACAUAAUAGCUGGCCGUCCGCUUCCACCACAAUGCAAUGCUGAGUUGCAUACUGAUUAUGGCGGUGCUGCUGUGAAAUGGGGCCUUACACAUCAUAAAGAAACUGCUGCUGACUGUUGCCAGGCUUGCUUAGAUCAAGCUAAAAAUGCAAGAGAAGGUGAAAUGAAAUGUAAUAUAUGGGUUUAUUGCCCGUCCGAGCAUGGCUGCCACUCACCAGAUAUUUAUGAACACAAAUUCCAGGAAUGCUGGCUGAAACAGGCAGAUGUUCCUAAAGUCACUUUCCACUGGAAGUACGCAGAAUCGUACAGACGUUCUCAUUCAACAGCACCUGUAUUUGUUCCUUGGCUAUCUGGUGUUACCAGCACAUGAUCAAGGCGAGCUUAAAAUUUUGAUGACAAUGGGCCUUCAGUCUCAAGUAUACAUCUCUACAAUCAGAGUGAUAUACGCACUGGAGAGAUCGAUGCAUUUUAAUUGAAUCAUUAACCAUCGAAAUCCUCCUACACUGUCAAUUAGGUAUUUUACUUGGAAUUUGUGCUCAUAUAUAUAUUCCAAGUCCUUACUGUAAACGCCACGGAGAUGUUUGAUCAGUGGGUGGAUGUGUAGUUUGUGAGACAGAGUAAUUAUGAUGCAAAGCGUCAAUACUUAAAUCACAUUCUUUUGGUAAAUGAUAGGGGUAUACAACAUCAACAGAGUAUGAUUUUUUUUUAUUUGUUUUCCCAGAGCCGUCUAAUGAACAAGUUUUUUCUUUUCC